AUGCUCCACGAUCCCACAUCACGCCCCACGAUCCCACAUCACGCCCCACGGUCUCACAUCGCGCUCCAUGCUCCCACAUCACACCCCACGAUCCCACAUCACGCCCUCCCACAUCACACCCCACGAUCCCAUCCCACAUCCCACCCGAUCCCCAUCCUCCAUGCUCCCAUCACCACGCCCAUCACGGCGCUCCCCAUCACGCCCACGACCCACAUCACGCUCCAUGCUCCCACAUCACACCCCACGAUCCCACAUCACGCUUCAUGCUCCCACAUCACGCCCCACGGACACCAAAUCACGCUCCACGAUCCCACAUCAGGCUCCCCAUAUCACGCUCCAUGCUCUCACAUCACGCCCCACAUGACGCUUUCGCUAAACCGUGGAAAUACACACGGCAAAUGGCAUGUUUCAGACUCAACUGGCAAUAUAGCGUAUGAGCAGUGA